AUGUCAUUUUUAGAUGCUCUUGCAAGUACAGGAAUUUUUAAUGAAGAAUGGACUGAUUGGAAAUCUGUCUUUGAAAACCGUUUAAAAAAGAAUCUAUGGUUAUUUGAGCCAUCAAAAUCAUUUUCAGAAACUCAAAAUGGCAUAGAAAUAGAAGAUGGAAUUCCUUCAAGUGUUUCUGAAUCAGAAAAGGCUUUAUUUUACAGAAUUAUUAAUGUUUUACUUUCUAAUUUCUCAUCACAUCCUCCACAUACUGUACAACGUUUAGCAGAGCUUCUUUUAACACCUAAAUUACACUACAAUUCUUUAUCAAAAUAUCUAAGAGCAGUAGAAAAAACAAUCAUGGUAACAUCAACAACUGUAAAUUUUGAAGUAUUUCAAACAAAUUCCCAAAAUCAAACGAGCUCUGAGGAUCAAACAGUAGAUCGUAGCGAUUCUAGUGUGGCAAAUCUGGCACCUAUUUCAUGGAUACAUAAUGAUCAAAAUAAUACAGAUAACAAAAUUUAA